AAUUUCCGGGCGCACGUAGAAAGCGGAAGUUGUUGGUCUUCAGAAGCAACCUUAAGCUAUGAAUGGCUUUAGCAAUUUUUCACGGUUUUCCAGCAGUUCGAAAUAGUGCGUUUCGUGGUCAUGGCAGAAGACAAAACUGGCGAACUGAAACCUACAUAGUCCUUGCUUCCCCAACUAAUAAAUUGCGUUGCGCUGGUGAUCCACUAUGAGGCUGAAGCUCAAGCUGAAGACCGUGUUUAUCCUCUACUUCACAGUGUCGCUAUUAGGGCUGAUUUAUGCGCUCAUGCAGCUGGGUCAGCGCUGCGAUUGCACUGAACACGACUUGGCCAAAGAUCGUACCAUCUCUCGCCUUCGGGAGAAGCUCCAUAGCUUGUUGGAGCAAACAAAGAAAGCCGAGCCCACCAAGCCCCUCAAACCUCCUCUGCCGACCAUCUACGUCAUCACGCCCACCUAUGCCAGGUUGGUCCAGAAGGCUGAGCUCACCCGCUUAUCUCAUACGUUCCUGCUGGUACCCCAGCUCCACUGGAUCGUGGUGGAGGACUCUCCCCAUAGGACGGGCCUGGUUUCAGAAUUCUUGUCACACUCUGGCUUGGCCUUCACUCAUCUGCAUGUGGCCACCCCCCAUGAGCGCAAGCUGCAGGAGGGAGACCCCAGCUGGUUGAAGCCCCGUGGCGCGGAGCAGAGGAAUGAGGGGCUUCGCUGGCUGAGGGAAAACAUCCGAAGCCAAGAAGGCGGCGUGAUUUACUUUGCGGACGAUGACAACACAUACAGUCUGCAGCUAUUUGAAGAGAUGCGGUGGACCCAGCGGGUGUCAGUCUGGCCUGUGGGGUUGGUAGGUGGGAUGCGCUACGAGCGGCCCAUAGUGGAGCAGGGACACGUGGUCCGCUUCCACACAGGAUGGCGUCCCAGCCGACCCUUCCCUUUGGACAUGGCUGGCUUUGCGGUCUCGCUACGGCUUGUGCUGGCCAACCCAGAGGCUCGUUUUGAUGGCGAUGCACCCAUGGGUUUCCUGGAAAGCAGCUUUCUGCAAAGCCUGGUCACUAUGGAGGAACUAGAGCCUAAAGCUGACUUGUGUACUAAGGUCCUGGUGUGGCACACACGGACAGAGAAGCCCAAGAUGAAGCGGGAGGAGGCAAUGCAGAAGCAGGGACUGGGCUCCGAUCCUGCGGUUGAGGUGUGACGCGUGUCUCCAGAGGUGGAUCAGUAUUGUUUGUGCCCAGUGGCGGUACAAACCAUGUGCAAGGCAUGAAGAACUUCCCAAACUCAACCGGGGAUUGGGCUGGUUAAGGCACAAGCCCAGAUACGGAACGAGAAGCUCUCUCGGACUUCUCUAUUGCCUGGAUCCAGGAAAAGCAUCGUGCUGCCACUGGAGAGGGUGCUUAUAGCACCAUCUUCCCCUCAUUUGGAUUCAUCGUGCUUCUGGCAAAGGUAGCGGCCACUAGUAGCACGGAAAGGAGAGCUAUACAGAGGGAGAGGGAGGAUAAGUGAGAGAUCAUUGAGAAUCGUGUACAUACGUAAUACAGACUAAGGAGGAGCAACAAACACAAGGAAUGCAUUCUCCAGCGGGAUUUGCCCAACCACCGUCCUUCAUUGUUAUGUCAACAGUUCAUCUCCUCUCCUGAUGUUUCACAUGCAAAACAAAUCCUGAUCAAGUUGACUCUACAACAUUUAGGUGUCCUGAGGACUGGAGUUGUGCACUUUUUAAAGAGAGAGGUGUAAAUCAGAGAGUAUAAGAAAGCUUUAAAUGGAUCCAGGUUUAAAGGAAGCAGGUGAAAGUAACCUAAUUCAAAGGGAGACACUACUGGACUGCAUGUGUCCAAGCUAGAUUUAGCUUAGCUUAUUUUGACAACUUGUCACUCAGCUAUUUAAUAAAAUUCUUCCUUCUCCUUUUGCACCAGUGCCAUAAUUUAAAUGCAAGCCAGGUUUGUACAUAAUGCAAAAUAAGAAACAGAAAUAUUUAUUUCAGCUCCAUGUUGGUUAAUUGUACAUCUUUCUGGUAUCUUGGUCUGAAGGUAUGUUAUGCAUGUUUAAUGUCUUUUAACUAUUCUGUAUUUUGGAGCUUUGUUCAUGCGCAGGGUCCGGUAACUUAUGAAUGCUUAAUGUCCCUAGAUGUAUAAAUGAACAAAAAAUAAAACCUGACAA